AAAAUCAACAAAAAUAAUUUUAUUUGAUGCCACAGAAAAAUCCUGCUGUGUUUUUAUUAAUUUUCCUAAAUAUAAAUCAACAAAAAUCAUAAUUCCACAAGAUUAAACUCCAGUUAAACAAUUAAAUGAAAGAAAUCCAAACUAAUCAUGCAUAUAAAACAGAUAAUUAUUCAAGGAUUUAAAUCCUAUAAAGAUCAAACUGUGGUCGAGCCAUUCGAUAAAAGACACAAUGUAGUCGUUGGACGAAAUGGAUCCGGAAAAAGUAACUUUUUCUAUGCGAUUCAAUUUGUUUUGAGUGAUGAAUUCACACAUUUACGUCCGGAACAACGUCAAGCACUUUUACAUGAAGGUACAGGAGCUAGGGUUAUUUCAGCUUAUGUGGAAAUAAUUUUUGAUAACUCUGAUAACCGUGUUCCCAUCGAUAAAGAUGAAAUCUACCUACGUCGUGUUAUCGGAGCUAAAAAAGAUCAAUAUUUCCUCAACAAAAAAGUUGUCCCACGUACCGAAGUUGUCAAUCUACUCGAAUCGGCGGGUUUCUCCAAUUCCAAUCCAUACUAUAUUGUUAAACAAGGCAAGAUCAAUCAAAUGGCCACAGCAGCCGAUUCAUAUCGUUUGAAAUUACUCCGAGAAGUGGCUGGAACAAGAGUCUAUGAUGAACGCAAAGAGGAAUCUCUCAAUAUUCUUGGCGAUGCUGUGGGAAAGGUUGAAAAAAUUACCGAAUAUCUUAAGACAAUUGAAGAUCGCUUACAAACACUCGAAGAGGAAAAAGAGGAACUCAAAGAAUAUCAGAAAUGGGAUAAGGCCCGUCGUACAUUGGAAUACAUUAUACACGAAACCGAACUCAAAGAGACCCGACGAGCCUUGGAAGAGUUGCAAGAACAGCGUAAGACAUCUGGUGACAAACAAAAGCAGUACAAUCAAGAAAUUCAAAAGGCACAGGAAAAAAUCAAGAGUAUCCAAAAAUCACUGAAGGACGCAAAGAAAGAUGUCUCAACGACCAAAGAUGAUCGUUCGGUAUUGCUGACUGAGCAACAGCAACUUUUAAGGGAAAAAACAAAACUUGAUUUGACUAUAGUUGAUUUGAAUGACGAAGUCCAAGGUGAUAAUAAGUCCAAGGAGAGAGCGGACCAAGAACUUAAACGACUCAAGAUAACCAUAGCAGAGAAGGAGAAGGAACUGGAGGAGGUUAAGCCCAAGUAUGAGUCGAUGAAGCGUAAAGAGGAGGAAUGUGCCCGGGAGUUGGCUCUCAAAGAGCAGAAACGUAAAGAGUUGUAUGCAAAGCAGGGACGCGGUUCACAGUUUGCCUCGCGCAGCGAGAGAGACAAAUGGAUUCAGACCGAAUUGAAGUCUCUGAAUAAGCAAAUAAAGGACAAAAUCAAUCAUAACACCAAGCUGCUGGACGAUCUGAAGCGUGAUGCUAAUGCAGAAAAAGAAUUGGGUAAGAAAAUAGAAGAGCAAACGAGUGAAGUGGAGCAGCUGCGCCUGCAGAUCGAUGAGCACAACAAGCAGUACUAUGAGCUGAAAAAGACCAAGGACACGUAUCAGGCAACCAGGAAUGAGCUCUGGCGCAAGGAGACUCAAAUGACGCAGCAGCUUCAAACACACAAAGAAGAACUUUCCAAGUCGGAUCAAGCGUUGCGCAGCAUGGCUGGAAAGCCGAUUUUAAAUGGCAGGGAUUCGGUGCGUAAAGUUUUGGAUAGCUUCUUGGAACGGGGAGGUCAGUUUCCUGACACGGCCAGGGCUUACUAUGGGCCUGUGAUUGAGAAUUUCAGUUGCGAUAAGACAAUCUACACUGCAGUGGAAGUAACGGCGGGAAAUCGUCUUUUUCAUCACAUCGUUGAGUCCGAUCGGGUUGGUACGCAGAUUCUUAAAGAAAUGAACAAGUUGAAGCUUCCUGGAGAAGUUACAUUCAUGCCACUCAAUCGACUACAAGUAAAAGUUCAUGACUACCCAGACGACCCGGAUUCGAUUCCGAUGAUUUCGAAACUUAAAUACGAUGAACAAUAUGACAAAGCAUUGCGCUACAUCUUCGGAAAGACACUCAUCUGUCGUAAUUUGGAACGCGCCACCGAACUGGCUAAGAGCACCGGACUGGAUUGUGUUACCCUAGACGGAGAUCAGGUGUCUUCCAAGGGUUCACUUACCGGUGGCUACUUUAAUACUUCCCGUUCACGCUUGGAAAUGCAGAAAAAACGCACCGAAUACUCGGAAACAAUCAAGACUUUCGAGGAAGAACUAGCUUCGCUGCGCAAUGAGCUGAAACAAACAGAAGCCAGCAUUAACCGUGUUGUAACUGAGAUGCAAAGGACCGAAACAAAACAAGGCAAAGCAAAGGAUGUUUUCGAAAAAGUCCAGGGUGAUAUUCGCCUAAUGAAAGAGGAACUGUUGCGUAUCGAAAAGUAUAGAGCCCCUAAAGAACGUUCUGCCGCACAAUGUAGAGCCAGUUUGGAGGCUAUGAACAACACCAAAGCUGGUCUUGAAUCUGAGAUACAGCAAGAACUUAUGUCGACUCUAUCGGCACAAGAUCAGCGCGAGGUUGAUCAAUUAAAUGACGAUAUUCGACGUUUGAAUCAAGAGAACAAAGAGGCAUUUACCCAGCGUAUGCAAUUAGAAGUUAUCAAGAAUAAAUUGGACAACUUGUUGACGAAUAAUUUGUUUAGGAGACGAGACGAGUUGAUACAAGCUCUGCAAGAGAUAUCAGUGGAGGAUCGAAAGAGGAAGUUAAACAAUUGCAAGAAUGAACUAGUUUCCACUGAAAAAAGGAUCAAGAAGGUCAACCAAGAUUUGGAGGAAAUGGAAAAGAAAGUACAAGAAGCUGUUAAAUCUCAGAAAACACUACAAAAGGACUUGGAAGUAUGGACACAAAAGGAAAAGGAAGCACAAGACAAAAUCGGCGAGGAUUCGAAAAAAAUGGAGAAAUGGGCAGCCAAAGAGAAUUUGCUACAUCAGAAGAUUGACGAAUGCACUGAAAAAAUUGCCAGCUUGGGAGCUCUGCCACAAGUUGAUCCAGCUUAUCAGCGAAUGUCUUUAAAAAAUCUCUUCAAAGAACUAGAACGAGCAAAUCAGCAUUUGAAAAAAUACAACCAUGUUAACAAGAAAGCCUUGGAUCAGUUCUUGAGUUUUUCCGAACAAAAAGAAAAACUUUAUAAGCGCAAAGAGGAGCUUGAUAUUGGCGAUCAAAAAAUUCGCGAACUAAUGCAAUCGUUGGAGAUGGAAAAAGUGGAAGCUAUUCAAUUUACAUUCAAACAAGUGGCACAGAAUUUCACAAAAGUUUUCAAAAAACUCGUCCCACAAGGUGCGGGUUAUUUACUGUUGAAAACAAAAGACAACGAUGGCGAAGAUGCUGAACAGGAAGUUGCUAAUUCGGAUGCAUUUACUGGAAUCGGUAUUCGGGUGUCGUUUACCGGAAUUGACGCUGAAAUGAGGGAAAUGAAUCAAUUAUCUGGUGGUCAAAAGUCUUUGGUUGCUUUGGCUCUUAUAUUUGCAAUUCAAAAAUGUGAUCCUGCUCCAUUUUAUUUGUUCGAUGAAAUUGAUCAGGCUCUCGAUGCACAACACAGGAAGGCAGUGGCUGAUAUGAUCCAUGAAUUGAGCGAUAAAGCUCAGUUUAUUACGACAACUUUUCGACCCGAAUUGUUGGAAAACGCACACAAGUUCUAUGGUGUUCGCUUUAGAAACAAGGUCAGCCACAUCGAUUGCGUAACAAGGGAACAGGCAAAGGACUUUGUCGAAGAUGACAAUACACAUGCAUAAUAUUGUUUAUUUAUUACAUAUUAUACUUUUUAAAAACAUAAUGUUUCAGUUUCAAAACAGUCUUAGUGAACAAUUCGAGAACGAAAUAAGAUAACCCUUAACAUAAGAUUCAACCUUCUGUCACAUUAAAAAUAAACUUACGAAGACAGUAGAUGAUGAUUUUAUUUUUACCGGAUUUGAUAUUCUUAACGCUUUUUUGUGCGUCUUCCAGCUCCAAGAAAAUAAUUCCAAAUCUUAUGAAAAGCAGAAAGUUGUUAAUGACGUUUCUAAUUUUGUAUCGUGAUCGAAUUGUAAACUAACUACAUUCAACUUAUUUAAUAAACUUAACGACAUAACGUAUGAAA